AUGUCAAAGCUUAGAGAUCUGGAUUUGAGUUUCAAUUGUAUUGCUUUUGUGGACAAUGGAGCCUUCACUGAUUUGGUUUCAUUAAAAACGCUUUUAUUGUCAGAAAACAACCUCACCUCCUUGUCUGGCGACAUGUUUCAGGGUCUGUCCAACCUUACCAUGCUGGAUCUAAAUGAAAACAAGAUUAAGGUCAUUCAGCCCUCAGCCCUUCAGUUUCUGAUCAGCCUACAAAUUCUAAAUUUAGGAAAUAAUAUGCUCGGAAAAGAACUUAAUCUUGAAGAAACGUACAUACAUGAGCUGCCCAAAGGUUCAUUACAACGGAUGACAAAACUAAACUCCCUGAAUGUGAAUAGCAACUGUCUGACCAAAGUUCCACCUGACAUAAGGAGCCUCACCUUCCUUCAUUUCUUGACUAUGAAAAACAAUCUUAUCUCUGAGAUGACCUGUGAGGAUUUUGUCAACACAACACAGCUUACAGAGCUUCACCUGAGCAGUAACCRUAUUCUCAAACUGGAAAAGUGUGUGCUUGAAAGCCUUACCAAACUAAAGCUUUUAGAUCUGAGUAACAAUCUAAUGCUGACAUUCGGAGACACCUUCAAAGUUACACUUCAGAGGUUAGAAGUUUUAGAUUUAGGGCACAACUCCAUAGUGAUUCUAAAAAAAGGGGAUUUUAGAGGCUUGCGGUCCCUGAAGCAAUUAAAUGUUGCAUCGAAUUUUAUUGGAAGGGUGAUGAAAAAAACAUUUCGAGGACUAAACAACUUGGAAGAUCUGAGCGUAUCCCUUCCACUCGAAUAUGAACCUGACUUCAGUGAAAUAAAGCACUUACAAAAUCUUACAAUCUACCUAAAUACUGAUGGCACUCACAAAAACCCUCAGUUAAACAGUUAUGAAGCCUACACCAACUUGAAAUAUUUGAAAAAAUUCACAGUAGUUUGCAGUGGACAUCACUUUGGGUUCCCUCUGGAUGUACCAAUGGAAAUGCUUCAAGCUAUGAAAAAACUGGAAAAUUUUAAAGCUGUGAAUGUUUAUGUUAAUGCUCCAGAUGUUUAUACAUUUAUGUUCAACUCCCAGCUCAAGAGUCUGACAUUAGCCAGCACUGAUUUAUCYGAUUUGAAACCUGAGCUGUUUCUAACCAUCCCAGGCCUGCAGAUUCUUGAUCUUUCAGGGUCUUACCUCAAGUCUUUGGAUUUUCUUGUGCAGGCCAAUCUUUCUGCUCUCAGAUAUCUGAAACUGACUGAUAACGAGAUCAACGUGAUUAAUGAGACCGUCUUUGAUUCUCUCCCAUCUCUAACAUACCUGGAACUGAGCAUUAACCCAUUCACCUGUGACUGCUCCAAUGCAGGUUUUAUCCAGUGGGUGUUGAAUAACAAGCAAACACAGGUGGUAAACGCACAUCAAUAUGAAUGUUCCUUUCCUGUGGACAAACAAGGAACCUUGUUACUAGACUUUGAUAUCAGGCCCUGUUGGAACGAUGGCAGCUUCUACUACUUCCUCUCUCGUAGAGAUUGA